AUGAAAGGUUCCAAAGAUUUCAUAUUCGGGUAUGGGAGGACUCUUUAUGAGGUAGUGGACAUGUUUAUCUUGGAAGACCAUGGGAAGAAUAUUCGAGAGUUGUAUACUCUUACACUUUCAUGGACAAAGAUUGUUCUCCCCAAAGGAUGGGAAGAUAGUUGGGGUGGCCAAAAGCGCAACUUGACGGUAUAUUAUGGAGAGUACAAGUGUAGUGGACUUGGAUCCAAUAUGUCUGAAAGAGUUCCAUGGGUACAGAUGCUAAGGGACGAAGAGGUCCAACCUUUUAUUGGAAUCCAUUUUAUACAAGGGGAUACUUGGCUCAUUAGUCCUUAA